CUCUUCUUCCCCAUUCAAAAGCAUUCUGACUAAAAAUUUGACAAAUUCCGGAAAAAGGUUCUAUAUUUCUCCACUCGGAUUUCCACUCAUGCCCGACCCUCCUGACUAUUGAUAAUGAAUAAUGGGGAGGAUACUGUGCUGCAUCUGCCAAGCUACGCCGAUCGCUAUACGGACAUUCCCCGUCUCAUCCGACUGAAGUUCAUAGCGCAGGUCUGCCCGCAGCUAAGUGUUCCUGCCCUCGAGUUGGCCCUCAAUCAUGUGAAGACCACCUACAAUGUCAAGUUGUACGACGAGCUCUACAAGACGCUCUGCGCUGAGGUGGGCAGGGAAAACCCCACCCAGCCCAAGGGAAAAGAACGUCGUGCCAUCGAUGGCAACGAGGCGAGUACGUCGAGCGGCAGGGGAAGAGCUGUGGUGCCCUAUGAUUUCUACUGGGUGGAGGACAACACCAUGGAGGCGACGCUGAUGCUUCAGGAACUAGACGCCGAACUGAACUUCAAGAAAUCGAACUCGGGCAGCUCCUAUGUGCGGCGCAUUCUGGAGGAGAUCGGGGAUCAUUACGAGAAGAGUGGAAACCUGCAGAUGGCAGUCAAGUUCUAUGCGCGAGCCAGGCCCUACUGUACCAGCAGCGAGAACGUGAUCAACAUGUUCCGGAACCUGAUUAGGGUCUCCAUUUACAUGGACAAUUGGUGGCACGUACUCACCUACAUCGAUGAGGCCAAGCAGUACGCCUAUGGAUUCGAAAAUCUAGCCCUGGAGGUUCCAGGACGCCUAAGCUGUGCCGCCGGCUUGGCUCACAUGGGCCUGAAGAUAUACAAAUCCGCAGCCCAAUAUUUCCUGAACACUCCCUUUGGGCGGUACGAUUACGAUAAAAUCGUGGCCCCCGAGGACGUUACUCUAUAUGCUGGUCUUUGUGCACUAGCCACUUUCGAUCGGGAAAGUUUGCAGCUGCGCGCCAUCAACUCAGAAGCAUUCAAGCCAUUCUUUCAGCUUUCGCCCAAAAUGUGGAACAUAUUGGCCAAGUUCUGCGCCAACGAGUUCGAUUCCUGCAUGAGCCUGUUACGCGAAAUCGAAGAUCAUGUCAGGCUGGAUGUUUAUCUGUCUCCCCAUGUCAAUGUGCUUUACGACAUGAUAAUGGCCAGAAUGACGAAGAAAAGAAACAGGGAAGUUAUGACAGAGUCUUUGAAAAAACCUCAAUUAAGAUAAGGACUGUUCCUUGUCGAUCAAAAGCCAAAUUAAAUUCCAUUAAAUUCUAA